AUGGCAGAUUUGGCCAACUUUUGCGCUGCAUGGAGAAGCUCAAUGGCGCCAGAGAAUAACCUGCUAUGGCGGAUAAACCCUGAAUACAGAUACUUCUACAGGGAAUCUACAAAAAUUUCAAAAUCACUGAGAGAUGCUCCUCCUGCAAACUAUACAUUGAAGAUCGAGUCAUUCUCACAGUUAUCCAGUAUGCUCAGAGACGACAAAUACGAAUCCCAGGAUUUUGGAGCUUGCGGCUACAAAUGUCUGGUCGUGAUAUUUGGAUUGGAAUAUAGGAAAUUGGUGUUGUAUCCUUAUGGAAAUUUCAAAAGAGGUGUAAGUGAUCACAUUUCUCUCUAUUUAGCCAUGGAGGAGGCUAAAGAAAUUCAUCCUGGUUCCCAAGUUGAAGUGAUCCUCAAAUUCUUUGUUUAUGAUCAUAUUCGUGACAAGUUCUUGACCAUCCAAUAUGAUAGAACCUGUCGUUACCAUUCUUUGAAGACUGAAAAUGGUUUUGACAAACUAAUCUCGCUGGAGCUGUUCGAAGAUUGUUCUAAUGGAUAUCUUGUUGAUGAUUGCUGUUUGUUCGGGAUAGAGGUUAAUGUUAUAAACAAUGAAGGCAAGGGAGAGAAAAUUUCCAUUAUAAAAGAACCUAAGAAUGGUACGUUUACAUGGAAGAUUGAAAACUUCUCAGCAAUACAAGAAAGUUGCUAUCGUUCAGAGGAAUUUACCGUUGCAAAUCUUAAGUGGCGUUUGUUAUUAUACCCCAAAGGAGAUUCAAGGGCAAGUGGCAAAAGUCUGUCUCUCUUCUUGGAAUUACUUGACAACAGUGCUCAUCCUCAACUAAGAGUGUUCACAAAAUAUAAUCUGAUGGUAAAACGUCAGCUGCUACAUAACCAUCGAGAGCUUACAGGAAGUGAUUGGUUUACCUCCAAAUCAAGCCUUACUUGGGGUUUUUCUGACUUCAUGCCACUUAGUGACAUCCAUAAUUUAUCAAAGACAUUUCUAGUGAAAGAUAGCUUGAUUGUCGAAGCAAAAAUUACACUUCUUGCAGAUGUUGAAGGUCUCUUUCAAAACUGUAAACGCAUUAAAAUUGAUUGUUAA